AUCGAGAAGAUGACAGAGGUCCAUGAAGGCAGAGAUGAGGAGGAAGUGAUGGAGCUAGACGAACUCAUCACGACAGUCAAUGGCCAAGAUAGCAAGGCAAACGCACCUGCACAACAUGCCACCCACAAAUUGCUGACACCAAUCCCAGAAGGACUAAAGGCCACACAUGAG